CUGAGUCAUAUCUAUGAUAUUAUCUUGUUUCUAACACAAGCGAUCGUUUGGUGUGCAUUUCAAGUAGUUCAUCAAGUGAUGCUAGUAGGUGAGAGUUGACUAUUCUAUACCAUUUCAUUCACAUUCUGCAUUGCAAACAACGUGUCUUGUGUCUCGUGUUCGCAGCCUUUCUUCUUUGGCUUGUAUGUCAUAUUCAACCCUACUGAAAACUAAACGUUCUAAUUAGCUUUGUUUACGGAGCACAAAUGUACUUUUGCAUAAAAAGGAAAAAUUCGCAAGUUAUUUAGUUUAGUUUGUGCAUCACUGAACAUUGUACUGGCAAUCAGUUGUAUCCUAAGCAAUGAGGGUGUUUCUUCGAAAGCAUGUGAAGCCUUAAUGAAAUCUUUCAAGAGAACUAUUAAAGAAAACCUAGCAAAGUGUAAAUUCAAAAACAUUUGCUCCGACGCGUUUUUCUAAGUGCAAUAGUUUCUAUCCUUUCAUUUUUAUCCAAAAAAAAAACGUCACCACAGAAUAUACAAUUAAUUGGUUAUUUUGAGUGAAAAGCUUUUAAUAUUCACCGCAAGGGGUUAGAGCAAAAAGUCCAUAUGACGUGCAGUAAAACUGGAAGUUGUUUCGAUAUUAAACAACACAAUGUUAAUAAAUACCACCUCUGCUUCGAAAGGGCAUAUCCAGGUGUCGUCACCUGCUCACAGGAAAUGUAAACACAACAAAUUUAUUAUUUUUCUUCUUGAGAAGAAAAAAAAGUAGUUUAAAGGCCAUAAAAAACAUUGUGCUAAAGAGAAAUUGGUAAUGCUAAAUUGAGACUGAACGCGCUGCUCAAAAAAGUCGUCAAAGAUCUGAAGCUUUUCCACAAAUUUUGUGAAGGGCGAUAAUAUGUCAUCUCUUGUUUUGCUGUUUGAUUACUACACGCAGCCAUCUUGAAAAUAUAUUGUGGAUUGAAUCAUUUCAAUUUCCGAUUUUCCGGUACCUGACAGCUCUUCUUCGGGUACCCUAAUAUAAGACAUACAGCAGUAAAAUAAUGAAAAUUUUGAGACGAAUGGAGAUAAGUCUGACGUUUUGAAUGCUUGCAAAAUACAUUUUAAUAUUUUGCCGAACAGAUUUCUAGAUCAAGUAUGGAGUAUCUUCUAUUUGAAAAAAAAUCUAUUAUUUUAAACAAUAUUUCGUGUUGAGUAGCUCGAUUACUGAGUCUGGUUUCAAUUAUGCAAGAGCUGCUAUAUGUUUCCUUGAGCUUUUAAAUCAUAUGUAAAACACUAUAUUUCCUUUUUUGUGAUGAAAUUAUUUUAUGGCAAAACAUUUUUCGUAUACUGAAUUUACGUUUGUUUUAUCACAUACAGCUCUAUACUACCAACAAUAGGCAAUCAUCAAAAUAUAUUAUAUUGUCCUUGUACCGCUCAACACAGCUCUACUGGAGAUCCGUUUUUCAGGCCUUUCAAGGCGGAUAGCGUAUCAAUAAACAAUGAGUUUUUCAUUUCUUUUUCUCGGCAGUGGGUUUUAAAAGCAAACUGUGGCCAGCCUUGGUUGGUUAAUAAUGUGUGUUGUACGAAGACAACAAGACAUUUUUAUGAGCCUGGAGAUUCUGACAAUCCGAACACUACGGUAAGAUUACGUUUAAAUACCCAGUAAAAACUUUAAACUUCGUAGAAAUGAAAUUUAUAGUCAACAGACUCAGAAUUCAAGAUCGAACAAUUUAUCGUCCGCAAUAAGAGUUUUCACAACCUGGUUACCAUAUGUAUUCCUGUAUAUUGAACCAGGACUGAAUCAUAUGGAGUCUAAUUUUGCGCAUUUCAUAACCAAAAACAGUACACUGAAUAACAACAAGUUCAAUUAGUUUUGUGAGGAAUUUAAUAUCAUAGCUCAAUUGAAAAAGGUAAUGCUUUUCUACUUGUCAGAAUUAAACAUAUGCUAAACUGGGAAUUUAGCUCAUUAAGAAAAAGUGUUCCGUUUUUCCAUCUUCUUCCAAGUUUAUCGGGUAGGUUACUUAGGACGAUUGCACACAAACAAAGAAAAGUUCUACAACAAUUUUGGCCACCUCUGCUUCAACCAAGUAAAACUGGAAAACAUGUAAGCAAGACCUUAAAAAAACAGCCGGUUCAUUCGAAAAUUUCAAUUUUCUUCAGAAAUUGACUUUCAAUGACACUCUCGGCAGCAACAUAGUGUUUUUAAUGAGAUCAGUCGCCAAACUGGCUGCACCAUACGAGACUUUGUUUAAGAUCCGCCAGUAGGUGCAUAUAGAUAAAUUAACAAUAGUGAUGUAAAGCUAAACCUUUAGAUUAAGGGCGGAUGGGAUUAUAGUUUAGAGGCAAUUUGUAUUGUUUUGUGAGGAGAUGAUGAAAUUUCUAAGUAAGGUAAGACCUUUUCAUAGCGGCUUAGCGCUUAACUCAUGGCGUAUCGUGGACUGCGAUCGGCUUUCUAGGGAAUUAUAUAUGCGCAGCCGUAAAUGGACGAGACCGGAUGGAAAUAAUCUUGAUAUCACGAAUUUUAAUCUCAUCGCGGUGAAAGGCUUCUUUUUCGCUUAAAUCCUUAUUCUCUCUGCGUUUCUCUAGCUAUUAGCCCGGGGGUGGGGGUACUCCCUUACAUAAGUCAUAUAGGUAUAUGCCGCCCCAAAGGGCAUAUUUUGGCGCAGUUUUGAUGUGCAAACGAGUAUAAACUUUGCUCAUUUUAGUCUGGAAUCGCCAUACUAAAUGUUCCCUUGAUGCCGAUAUGACACACUUACACAAGCAGCAAAGUUAAUAUUUAUAAUAAUCAGUUAUUCUUUCUUUCUUUAUAAAAACAACCGCAAGAUUAGAGUCGUUACUACUGUAUUCUUCUCUCAAUGUACUAAACACGUAUGUUGCGUUUUGUGACCACCUCCAACUCCGAAAACGGGUGUGGAAAAUGACAUUUUGUGGUCUGAAAUAGGGUCAGGAAUCGCAGAGCUGGGCGGCACACCCCCCACCAAGAAUUCCCAGUAAUACACUCCACCUGGGGCUAUUGGGCACACACACGAGGGACAACAUAAACUGAAAAAAAAAUGCUUGAGGCUUGAAAUGAGCUUAGGCUCUGUCUCCCAUGAAGUCGACUAUCUUAGAGCUUUUAAAGGAACUUGUUCGCUCCAGCCAAGCUAUGUUUUAAUACACACAGUUUCUAUAAAGGCCUCUUUACAAAUGUUAAUCGGAUCUCUGAUAGUCAUUGCAAAACCACUCCAUGAUAGACUGGUAUUUGUGUUCGGAUGUUUUAUGUCCCAAGAUACUUUGACCACGUCUGUCACUCUUUCCUUUAUUGUUUACUUUUCACGCGUUUCAGACUGAGGCCGGAAAAACUAUCACGCAUCGGUUACGAGAAACUUUAAUUAACCACAGUAUACAAGCAGGAAAGACACAGCGUCCAUUUCGUAUCAUGCAACUUUUUUUCAAUUUAGCAGGGAUUAACGCACGUCAGUAACAAUUUACGUUACAAAUAGGUACUUACCCCGUACCUAUUUCUUAUGCUGUGUCCUAUCUUUUCUUCCUUCUUUGGCGAGAGUAAAAAAGCAGAACCGGAAACGCUUGUCGACUGUUCGGUGCUACGUGUUGUUUUCUUUUAGCUUGAGACUACGUUGAUGGACGCAAAAAGCCAUUGAAAUAGUUAAAUAGAUGAAUUCAAAGAGAAUACACCAAAGAAAUGUGUUUGAAUUGUGAAGACUUUUUUAAUACUAAAAGGGCCAUAAGAAGAUUGUAGGAAUACUUUGCUUGGUUUUCAGUUUCAAACAAGGCAUUCUGCCUCUAAGAAGCAACUGCAGGCAGCGCGGAAGUUUUAGAAUUGAAAGACAAGAGUCUUAAAAUUUCCCCAAAACAAAACCUUUGCUGUAAACGGCGUAAAUUAAUAUGUUUUCUUCUGUCCACAGGUAUCCAAGCUUCGUGACAGACACUGUCAUAAUCGGUUUCGAUGAGAUGAAAAUGCACAUGCGUAAAGGACUAAUAUCACCAUGGUGACACUACUUGUUGUAAUCUUUACAUUGAUGAUCAUACUCACUGCAAUCGGAAACACGACAAUUUGUUACAUAAUUUACCGCGUGAGGCGGCUACAUUCACCCUCCCACCUCUUCCUCGUCAAUUUAGCCAUAAAUGAUAUCAUGGUGGGAAUAUUUCUGCUGCCAUUUGGCAUCGCUUCCUUAAUCCAGGAGUCCAGCGUCGUUGGAAAGACAGGAUGUGAUAUUAUUGGUUACUUCCAGCACGCAUCAAGCACUGUGUCCGUGCUGACGCUGUCAUCCGUCAGCAUGGACAGAUAUCUUGCUAUAAAUGUUCCUCUAAAAUACAAAGGCUGGGUAACAAAAACCAGGACAAUAGCAAGCAUCGUCUGCAUUUGGCUAUAUGCCCUGAUAACAGCAGGUUUUCCCCUUAUAGGAUGGAGUCGUUACCAAUACACACCCGGCCUAUGGCUGUGCGAUACAGACUACAACAUAGCAGUUAGCUUUACCUAUUUUAAGCUAGCCACAUUGUACUUUUUACCAUUGGCGUCUAUCAUUUUUAUUUACAUUAGUAUUCUUCGAAUAGCAUUACGUCAUUCUAGACAAAUAGCGCGCGAAGUCGAGGCCUUACAGCAACGAGAACUGAACUCAGCGUUUGAGCCGGAAUCAUCAGCAGGUGGGUCAGCGAUCAAGGCAACUGGACAGUAUUGUGUGCGCAAGCCACACUCUGCCCUGCGGGCGGACAUUAAAACUUCACUGACACUGGCUUGCAUAGUUGGUGUUUUAUUCAUAUCAUGGACUCCCUAUAUGGUUGUAAAUAUCUGGUCUUUUCACUCAGGGUUGGAAGCGCCUGUGGUGUUACAGUAUGUUGUGUCAGUACUAUAUUAUAUCAACGGAGUUAUCAAUCCAUAUCUGUACGGUUAUAUGAAUCGAGUGAUAAAGCGAGAAUUUAAGACUAUGUUGCAAACUGCGCGUACCCUUUGCGCAAGGAUUAAAGAGAAGAAAGUUCACCCUACUGAGGUAACCUAG